AUGAUCAAAGCUGGCUUUGCCGGUGAUGAUGCACCACGUUCAGUGUUUCCAUCGAUUGUUGGUCGACCCCGUCACACAGGUGUGAUGGUUGGUAUGGGCCAAAAGGAUUGUUAUGUUGGCGAUGAAGCUCAAUCGAAAAGAGGUAUUCUCACUUUGAAAUACCCGGUCGAACAUGGUAUUGUGACAAACUGGGAUGAUAUGGAGAAAAUCUGGCAUCACACUUUUUGCCAUGAACUUCGUGUUGCUCCAGACGAACACCCGGUCUUGCUCACCGAAGCUGUACUGAAUCCAACGGGAAAUCGUGAGGAAAUGACAAAAAUCAUGUUCGAAAAAUUCAAUGUUCCUGCCAUGUAUGUGGCUGUUCAAGGUGUCCUUUCUUGCUAUGGUAGUGGUCGUAUAAAUGGUAUUGUGCUUGAUUCUGGUUAUGGUGUCACACAAAUUGUUCCAAUCAUUGAUGAUGUGACUCUUCAUCCAGAAGAAAAAGAAAAAUUCGAGAAGACAAAUGCAUCGCAUGUUCUUUCGGAUGCAGCUCUUUGUCUUAAUUUUGCUGGUUAUGAUUUGACCAGUUAUUUGAUGAAGAUUUUGAAUGAACGUGGUUAUGCAUUUACAACAACAGCCGAACAAAGAGUAUUUUCUCCGCUCUCGAAGUUAUGCUAUGUAGCACUUGAUUUCGAUGAAGAAACGGCUACAGCUGCAGCAUCUUCAACGUUGGAAAAACACUAUCAACUACCCGAUGGUCAAGUCAUUAGUAUCGGCAAUGAACGAUUCCGAUGUUCAGAAGCCGUAUUUAAACCGAGUGUUCUUGGCAUGGAAGUGGCUGGCAUUCAUGAAACAAUCUACAAUUCGAUUAUUAAAUGUGACAGCCAUAUUCAGAAGCAUUUGUAUGGGAAUAUCGUCCUUACUGGCGGUACAACAAUGUUUGAGGGAAUUGCUGAUCGAAUAAAGAAGGAAAUCGCUUCAUUGGCACCACCGACGACGGAGAUUAAAAUUAUUGCACCACCUGAACGUAAGUGUAGUACAUGGAUUGGUGGUUCAAUCUUGGCUUCAUUGUCGACAUUUCAAAAUAUGUGGAUAUCCAAACAAGAAUAUAAUGAAUCGGGUCCAUCGAUUGUUCAUCGCAAAUGUGUUUAA